CCUGUGAGUCUCACUGUUGGAUAUAUAAUCGGCGCAGCCAACCCGCACAGGAAACAAAGGAUGUUAAGAGACGCUUUUUAAAACCUAGGUUACACUGCAGUCAAACUUAAAAACUAUAGAAAUAAACACAGACAAAAAACAACAACAGGAAAGCAAGUUAGUUUAAAAGUUAGCAAAAACAAACUGUGUAGAUCUACAUCCAGAGUUUAAAGAUCAACCUCUCCUUUUUUUUUUCAAAGUUUUUGCUUUUCAAGUUGACAACAAAAACAAGUCUCUUUGUUCUUUAAAACCCAAAAACAUAGAAACCAGAAAUCAGAAUGUACUUCCGUCUUCACGCUUGUUUCCUUGGAGUUCUCUUUCUUCAGAUUACAGCGGUAACCAUGGUCAGCAGCGGAAAGGAAUCUGCCACAGAUGCGCUCGGGCAGAGCCAACAGUAUGGCGACAAUGCCAUAAGCGUGCCAGAAGAUGAACCCGAUCCUGGCAGCGAUGUUCUGGAUACUGCUGAGCUUGAAAGACUUCGCACACAGCUUAGAAAGAUCAGCGACUGGAUGGACCAGAUGUCGUCAAACUCCGCAAAAGGUCAACCAAAAUUGUUUGAAAGGUUGUCCAGGGGAAUACUCGACCGCAUGCCGUUAUCUUAUGGGAAGCGCGAUUCUGGAUUUGAAAACAAGUUCGGCAAAGAAUACGGCCCGGAGCUUUUAAGGACGGCCAAAGAAAGUCUUACAAAAGUUUCAGCAGCCACGGGGAACAAGUGUGACACGGACAAUACUGGUUCUAUAGGGACAUUGAAAACAUUUCUUGACACGCUUCUCCCGCAGCGUAAUUUCGCGAAAGAGGUUAAAGAUAAAACGUUGAACAGCGAUCCCGAAAACAACAGAGAUCCCAGUGACCCUAUUGGGAAGAGGGAUCGUCUGAACAGAAUGCCACUGAGCUACGGAAAGAGAAACUGGGAAAGCUUCUUCAGCUCGAUGCCGAGGCAGUCAAGGGGAAGACUGGAACGGAUGCCGCUAACUUAUGGGAAAAGAUCGGGCGAACUCUUCCAGGUCGGCUGCUUGAAAGAAAACAGUAAUGCCCCUAUGGAUUUUUCUGUUCAGAGGGAUACAGAAGGCAACAUCAUUAUUAGGUGCCGCCCUCAAAGCAGCUUCGAUAGUUCGUACAACAAGGAGGACAUUUUCACAACUAACGCCGAUUUCUUGGAGACUGACGAUUGGAUGGACAAGAAAAGUCAGAAGGGCACAUCUGUUCUAGACACCUGGACGCCAUUAGUUCGAGUCCGGAGAUCGAGAUUGGAAGGCAUGCCAUUUGCUUACGGCAAGCGCUACACCGGCAUGAACCCUACACAUCUCAACCCAAAUUCUGAUCCGAGCUUUCAACGAGAGCCAAGUGUUGAACGCUUUCGCCCUACCGGAUUAGACGCAGACGCCAUAACAGUUCAGCAGAGGUCGCGUAUGAACAGGAUGCCCUUGACCUACGGGAAGAGGUCGUUCAGCUUACUCGAUCUCGCCAAUAAGAGGGGCCGUUUGGACAGAAUGCCCUUGAACUUUGGCAAGAGGAACAACCUGUCUCCUCAGUACAUUCCAUUCGAUUCAGAUUCAAAUUUAGAAACAGACUCAGAGCAUAGUUUGAGUCAAAGUACAAUAAAAAGUUUAGAAAAGCAACAAAUAGAUCAACAGCUUUCAAAAGGAAGUUCAUUGACGACGUCAAGUCUAGGGAAAGAAAAAAUAAAUUUAGAAAAUAGAAUAACUUCAUGAUAUUCAUAUAUAGAUCUACCGAAGAGUGACGUCAUGACUGAAACUCUCUAAGUCAUUUCAAAUUAAAGACACAAAAACGAAAAAGAAUCGAACACACAUGAUCUGGACCUGUUGGCUGAAACAGCAGAAAUCAACACCAGGGGUUAAAUGUUAGUGAAAGGACUUUAAAACAAAAAUAUUGUUCUUUUCUGUAACAUUUGAAAGAAUAAACUUCAGAGAACGCGA